AUGGGGGAUGGAAGUUCUGUCGUGCCCACAGGGUCGGCCCAGGGGGUGCAGACUGAGAACGUGACCGUAGCCGAGGGCGGGGUGGCAGAGAUCACCUGCAGACUACACCAGUAUGACGGCUCCAUCGUCGUCCUCCAGAACCCUGCCCGGCAAACGCUCUUCUUCAAUGGCACCAGGGCCCUGAAGGAUGAACGUUUCCAGCUGGAGGAGUUCUCGCCACGAAGGGUCCGAAUCCGGCUCUCGGAUGCCCGGCUAGAUGAUGAGGGUGGCUACUUCUGCCAGCUGUAUACAGAAGACACCCAUCACCAGAUUGCAACCCUCACCGUGCUUG